GUUGAUGGUAGUGAUAAUUAUGUCCCGAGCCAAACCGGUCCACGUCGGUAGUGGAUCGUCGUUGACACAAGGUUUGCUUGCUUGCCUGAAUCUUUGAUGGAUCGGUAGUGGAUUUCAUCUCAAGGGAAUCACGUUGAAUGUGGUUCCAUUGCCAGGAUCUUCGAAUGCUAAAGUGGAUUUGCCGCCAAGCCACCCGCUGACUGCCUGGCUUUGGGGCGAGUGGGACCUUGCAUAGCGUAAAACUUUGCUCGAACCGCCUGCAUGCGGCUCUUUUCAGCGCAUGAGCCUCCUGGAACUUGCACCUGCGAGGCUGAAGUGAGCAUGAUCUGACUCGUGAUGCGCUGGGACCAUGCCACUCGCAAUAAGCUCCACGACUCGUCGUCAUCUGCCCUAUCGCGUGCAAGAUGAAGGGAAAAGGAGAAAUACCAUCCCCUUGUGUCUUUCUUGAGCCGACGAAUUCCGGUGUUUGCGUUGAUCAUCAGUUUCACCAUUCCUCAGACAUCAAGUGGCUAAACACAGCGGCAAAAGUCGUCCAUAUCUUAUCGUGACUCUCAAAGCCAUGGUCAAGGCUCAAGUUGUCGAUCAGCAAUCGAUAAGAACUUGGCGAUAGAAAAUGUUGGUGUUGAGGCUCUGCGGAAACCAACUACCGAUAGAUGGUCAACGCACUAAAGAACAAAAAAGUUGGUGAUAUCCAGGCAACAGAUGGGAGGAAAUCAUGGAAAACACCACAACUCAACCUGCCUGGCAAUCUCCAACUCAACUUCACAAUCCCUCGGUGGCUCACGGCCUCGUUAUAUAACUUUCACCCUUGGACCUCUUGGAACCGGCACAACACCACGUCGGCGUAUUUGUCGUCUUGUGCCGGUCCAGACAGGGUAUUUCCGCCACGAUGUCCUACGACGUUGCAAGUCGUGCUCUUAUUCCUGUCACUAUUCAACUCCCAAGUCCCACUGUUCCUCCACUCUUUGCCGGUCCCUCUCUUAUGCCGUGCAAGUGCGCAUCAGCAUCUUAUGAGGCUCUGCCCAAACCUCCUCGCUUGCCUAUUUCCAUUAGCCCAUCGAUUCCAGUUGUUCACGCCAUGUAGGCUCCGCCAUCAUUUCACAAUUUCGUCUUGCUCGUUCGUCUUGUUCUCGAUUGUGUUUCAUUUCAGGUGGAAUGCCUCUUCUAUUCCGGUUUUCUUUGUCAAACACAUUGGCUUGGCUUGUUUGUAAGAAUGUACAGUUCCGGCCCGGCCCUAUACCCGGGAAUAUUUGUCUGGUCCUCUAGUUGCUUCGUGCACCUCCCUUCGACUCCCUCAACUCGUCCAUCUUGGCGACUCGCUUCUUGAACUCGACGUACUGGCACUUCUCGUAGCUAUGUCGCUCAUCCUAGUCAAUCCCUCUAGCGUAAGCAUGGUGUUUUAUUGAUAUUGAUAUUGGUAUUGGUAUCUCGGUAAUGAUCGGCUUUUUGUUGGGCUGAAGUUUGGCUGGGCUGAGCUGCUGAGCUCGGUGUAGCCGCGGACUUGGGCUUUCUCGGGUGCAAGCUCUGGAAAAAGGUAAUUGACUUACCGAGCACUUCCAGGGGGCAUACCACGUAUCCCGUCGGCACUUGUUGAGAGGAAUCAGGAGGUGAGCGCAGCUGUCUCGGUAGGCCAGAGGGAGUUUGGCAUCGCGCAUCUCCUCGCGGGUCGCUUCUGCUCAGCAAGUCAGCGGUCGAUAUUCGGUAGGAAAAAGUCGCUCGAGUAUGAAUUAUCGGGUCGGUACGUACGCCGCGGCUCGGUGAUAGCGUCGGAAGCCAUGGUUGCUGAUCAAUUGGACUUCGAGAUGUGAGGUUGUCUUGGAUUGGCAGAGCUGUCGUGAGAUGCUCUUUCGGUUCAAGGUCGGAUGUGUUGGUUUGUGCCUUGUAUUUCUGGCAGCAAUGGAUUUCCGUCCAAUGAACACUCGUGAAUUACCACGCCGAGCGGAAAUCACCAAUUCACCUCGUGCUGCAUUGAAUGCAAUAACAAGUCUUCUUGCAGCACUGAAUAUGUUAUUUAAUUGGUACAGUUCUACCUGUCAUCUUGUGAGAUUCGUUGAGAGCCUUAGAUGAUCACAACUUCAACUUCGUGCCAGAGAUAGUGGGGCCGGUCUCCUACCGGCUCCGAACCUACCUACACCUUGGUGACAGACAGACAUUUAACCAGUAAGACAUUUGCAAAAUUCUCUUCUUCAUCUUUUCUGAAUUCUUGUUUUCUUCUCUGGCAUAACCCUCAAUCCAUGUACUUCCCUUCAGUCAACCAGGGCGUUGGCAUCUAGCCUUUCGUCGCAGACAGAACUGUCGACCGACGCUUUGGCUUACAGUUCGCGAGGUUCGACAAGGAUCUCAGCCUCAUCAAAACGUACAGGCAUCUGAAAGCUUUCGUUGGAACUCAGAUACUAUUCGGUAGACCUAACAGAAGCGUCGUCUGUUCACCUGGCCAUGAACCCAUUCAAAAUUACUCACAAAUUGCUUAUGCGUACCGAAGGAAAGCAAACUCCAGGCCUCGGGCUGGUCAUCAUGUAAGAACAACACGAUGUCAGCGCAUGCCCAGAUUUGGGGAACCCCAAAGAAAUCACAAGGCCAUAUUCCCGUUCUCCACUCUUAGGUUGAUAAAGUCAUGAUGCUACAAACUAUGCCGACAAAGGCCGACCCUCGAUCUGUCACUUAUCAAUCACGCCAGUUAUGAUCGAGAAGAACCCUCGUUAUAUAUGCCCUUACAUAUAGUCUCGGCUUUAUCUUAAGCAACACCAGAUGGUAUAGCCCGACUUUUAUGGACUUCUAAUAAUGUGGUCAUAACCACGAGACAGCCCCUCAGGUCCAAUGAUGCCACUCCAGGCCCUCACGAUACUCAUACCCAACUUGAGGUCCCUCAGCAUCAAUCAAGUAUCCAUAUUCACAACGAUCGAAUCGGACUUUCACUUGCUCCUUAUAAAAGGCGUUGAAUUUGGCCUGAAGAGCAUCCUUUAAGCUCGUCACGCCACCCUCCGGAUGCAGGAUCUUCCAUGGUUCAAUGCACGUGUUGCCUUUGCAAGACUUCAAUACGAGCAUGAGAGCAUCAAGGCGAUUCAGGACCUGUCCAAUAGUGGUUCCCAAGAGUGCAGCGCUGGCCUUCGCAUCAUCAUUAGGAAAGAGGUUGUUCAACUGUCCUGGGUCCGUCUAAUGAGGGUGAGUAUCAAGUUGAUCAAGACCCAUUGGAACAACAUACCUUGAGGUCGUAGAGUUCGUGCUCAUUGUUACACCAAGCCGAGUAGUAAAGAUUGUAGUCCUCAUGCACUAUCCUCACACCCUUGUCGACCGAACACACCAAAGCCGCCAAUUUCACCCUCAGCGAUGGCACCGCCCCAGUACUCAACCGCUACGUGCUCAUGUCGCUUAUUCUCCUGAGUGGGCAACACAGGAAUAGGGGUUCCGUCAAAGUCGCUGCGAAGGUCCGCGCCUGCGAGUCUGAGAAUCGUAGGAGCGAGGUCGAUGUGUGUGGUCACGGCGUUCUCAACAGACCCGUGAGAUACACCUGGACCUCUGAUGAAGAGUGGUACGCGGAUGUCUUCGUCGAAGCCACACUCCUUGCCAGGAGGCAGUCGGUGCUGGCCCAGGUGGUACCCAUUGUCAGAACUGUAGAUGAUAUAUGUCUCGUCAAGUAUGCCAGCAUCUUCAAGCUGCUUAGUCACUUGCUCUACAAUCUCGUCGACACCCUGAAGAGCCUGGAGACGAGCUCGGUAGAAGUCAUCAAGAUACGAGACUGAUGAGUCGUUGAGCUGGGCGAGUUUGUGAAUCCAGCUCACGCCACUAGGCUGUUCCACUGUCAGCAUUGGCUCUAGUCCAAGUCUCAUUAGAACUUACCGAGUCCGGGUUGAAGUUUUCCGUCCUUGGGACCUUAACCUCCUCAAAGAGAUGAGAGUGUCUCUCAAGAGGAAUAGGAAUGGUCAUAAGAGGUGCACUCGGGUUUCCAGGUUGCCGUCUCAGGUUGACAUUUGAGUGCGGCGCAACAGGCGCAAUAGCAACGAAGAAUGGGUUCUCGGCAUCGAUGGCUUCCUUGAGAAGCUCAUAUGCAUACUUAGAGAUCAAGUCUGAAGUGUGAACUCCUUUAUGUUGAACUGGCGGCUCCUGGUUGUGCUGGUAGAUGGGAUUCAGGUAGUCGUAAGUACCUGGGUCAAGGAGGAAGUUGGUUCCUGUCCAUCCUGCGGGAUAAGGCGAGUUAUAGUUGUUUAUGGUAUGAGCAUUGAAGAGCUUGCCAGUGUAAUAUGUGUUGUAACCAGCUUCUUUCAGCCAUACAGGUAAGUAGUUAUCGUUCAGUCCUUGUGAGACGAACUUAGGGAAGCCGCCUUUUUUAUCAGCAUUUUUCCUGUAUACUACUAAGAAAUACAACUUACCAUAUGGUGGA